AUGCAACUGGAAGACAAGUCCUGGGGCUGGGUCGUUGUCCUUCCACAGCCUCUGCUGCCCUUCCUGCUCACGGCUGAGAAGUAUUCCGAGAUUUCCAGGUUUUCUCGACACCCACGAGAUGGCUGGUUUGGUCUAAAAGCCGGUGGCGACCGGGUGGACACCGAGCAGGAAAUGGUACCACCCUUGUACAACCCUUUUUAUCAGCACUAUGGAUACGAUCCUCAGUGCAGCCCGUAUCGUCUUUAUCGACCUCCCACCGAGGACACUUCUGGGGACGAAGCCAAGUCGUCUUCCAAAGGCCAUACUCCUCCGCCGACUGAGGUUCAUGCCACCUCGACAUCCGCCAACCGGGCCAGCCCAGCCACUGAAAAUCUUGCCAGCCCAUCCGCUGAGGUCCAGACCAACACGUCUCUUGAGGCCCAGGCUACAUCGUCUAAGCCUCCAACCGACCAGUCCACCUCGGACAAAGAUGAGUGGUCGGUCAUCGACACCCGCUGCGCCAACCCGCCAGAAACCCCCGGCCCCUGCAACGAAAACUGUAAGUACCCAAGCCACAAUGGCAGAUACUACGGGCUGCGCUACGUCCACCACCAAUCGAACUGGUAUAAUACGACAAUCUUCGUGGGUGGCCUGGAUGCCCACAUAACGGAGGAAGAUCUCCACCCCUGGUUCCAAGGAUUUGGGGAGCUCAUGCACGUGAGGAAGAAGAAGGGGGCGGCGUGCGGCUUCGUCCAGUAUCCUCGUCGCAAGGAGGCCGAGAUGGCCAUGUCGCAGAUGCAGGGCUAUCCUAUCUUUGGAGCACGUCUCCGCCUCUCCUGGGGAAACCCUGAACUACAUAUGGACCGAAAAUAUUGGGAAUAUUAUAAGCUGUCAACAUGGAAGGCUUGUAAUGCCUACGCAGAUUUCAAGGCACGAAUGGGUCGGGGCGAGGCGAGGAGGGAGGAUGAUCCAGACUUUUGGAUGGAGUGA